UGGAAAGGUCACGAAACCGGAAGUUGGAGAACACCAUCGUAGUCGACGUUAGUGUAGUUGGUGACCCUAUCCCUAAUCAACUUUUCGUGGAUGUGUUUGUUAUGUCGGAUUGGGAAGAUGAAUAUGACGGAUCUGCGCCUGUUACCACAGGCUCGAAAGAUUUUAAGUCUUCUAGAAAAUGGAGUGAAAAAGAAAAUGUGUGCUUCGGGAUGAGAAAUGGCGGUGGAUUCGAAGCGCCGCGAGGGAUUGCAGAUCGAAACAGUUCGCAAUUUCAAAAGUGGAGGGGCAACGAUGGCGGCAACGGCCGAGUAGUUUCACGGAGUGGAUGUGGUAACACACGUGUUUGUGCGCGCGGUGGCCGGGGCGGUGUGGCAGACCGUUCGGGUUUUACACUGCCGGUCACUUUCACUGUUGACAAUACGUCAAUUGGAAGGGUUAUAGGGCGCGGCGGAGCUAAAAUACGUGAACUUGAAGAAACCAGCGGUGCACGAAUCAAGAUCAACAAGGGUGACUAUGAGGGUGAGGUGCAUAUCUUCGGAAGCAGUGAGGAGCAGCAGAAGGCCAGAGAAAUGAUCGAGCAACUGGUAGCCAGAGACAGCUUCUCCUGGGGAUUCCGCAGUGAACCAGGGAGAGGUGGAGGUUUUGGGGGUCGAGGAGGUGGAGGUUUUGGGGGUAGAGGUUUAGGGGUUCGUCGAUGUGGAGGUUUUGGGAGUAAUGGAGGUGGAGGCGGCAGAAGAUUUGGGGCUGAAGGAGGUGCUGAAGAGGGCAGCAGCGGCUCCUGCUGGUCAACUGCUGCCCUACAGGCAUCUGUGGAGGAAACUUCUCCACAGGCCAUUGACUGGAACUCCUUGAGGCAGAACCGGAAGAAAUACGAGGAGAUGAAGUGGCAUGAUCUCCCCCCUCUAAAGAAGGAUUUCUACAUUGAGUCGGAGACUGUUGCCAGUCGGAGUGAAGAUGAAGUGAAGGCAUGGAGGCAAGCAAAUAACAAUAUCUUUGUGGAUGACCUGAAGGAGGAAGGGGAGAAGCGUCCUUUUCCUAACCCUGUGUCCACGUUUGAAGAAGCCUUUCAACACUAUCCUGGGAUCAUGGAGAAUAUUGUCAGAGUCGGCUUUUCCAAGCCAACUCCUAUUCAGUCUCAGGCCUGGCCCGUGUCACUGAAAGGAGAGGACCUGAUUGCCAUUGCCCAGACCGGCACAGGGAAGACCCUGGCUUACCUCCUGCCUGGCUUCAUUCACAUGGAUGGGCAGCCUGUAGAAAACAGGAAGCGGGAUGGGCCCGGGAUGCUGGUUCUGACACCCACUAGAGAGUUGGCUCUGCAGAUUGAGUCAGAGUGCAACAAAUACAGCUACAAGGGCUUCAAAUGCGUCUGUGUGUACGGGGGUGGAGACCGCUGGGCCCAGAUCAAAGCAAUCUCAGCCGGAGUAGACAUUGUGAUCGCCACACCAGGUCGUCUAAACGAUCUGCAAAUGAACGAGUUGAUCAACAUGCGUUCCAUCACCUACCUGGUGCUGGACGAGGCAGACCGGAUGCUUGACAUGGGCUUCGAGCCUCAGAUAAUGAAGAUCCUUCUGGACAUCCGUCCAGAUAGACAAACUAUCAUGACCAGUGCGACCUGGCCCUCAGGAGUAAGGCGAUUGGCCAAGACAUACCUGAAGAAUCCUAUGAUGGUGUACGUGGGAACUCUCGACCUGGCUGCUGUGAACACGGUGCAACAGACGGUUCUCUUCUGUCAGGAAGAGGAGAAGAAGGCCUACCUCUUUGAGUUUAUCCACAACAUGGAGCCUGAUGACAAAGUUCUCAUCUUUGUUGGCAAGAAGAUAAUGUGUGACGAUCUGUCCAGUGACAUGUGUCUGCGGGGCCUGGUCGUUCAGAGCCUCCAUGGCGACCGGGAGCAGUGUGACCGUGAAGAGGCUCUCAGGGACUUCAAAGAAAGCGUGGUCCGUAUCCUCGUGGCCACUGACCUAGCCUCCCGAGGGCUGGACGUCACCGACAUCACACACGUCUUUAACUUUGACUUCCCCCGCAACAUUGAGGAGUAUGUGCAUCGCGUGGGCCGCACAGGCCGGGCAGGGCGCACUGGGGCCUCCGUCACCUUGGUAACAAGAGGAGACUGGAGGAUGGCUGCUGAGCUGAUCCCAAUCUUGGAGAGAGCCGGACAGGAGGUGCCUGUUGAACUGGUGCUGAUGGCAGAGAGAUACGCGAAGCACAAAAGAGAGAAGGACAUGUUUAGCCCCGGUGGAGGAAGAGGAGGACGAGGAGGAGGUGGGGGAGGAAGAGGAGGGAGAGACAGGGGAGAGUCAAAUUGGAGGUUCUGACCCACAACAGAAAAAGAAGCAAGUUGCAGCUUUAGUUCUGGAACCUUCAGCGUUCAGGCCUUUUUUGAUUAUUAUUAUUAUUGAAAAAGCUU